CUCACAAUGGUUGUUUCCCUAACUUGCCGCAACAGAGCUGAAGCAUUAUUUAUACAUCUGUUUAACAGGUUUGGUUUAGCUGGUUGUGACAAUAAGAUUCAUCUUUUUUUUGUGUUAAAGUUGGUGAAGCACUCCUUUUUCUUUUCUUUUUUUGGAGCUGAACGAUCAUGAAGAAAAACUGUGAAGGUAAAGGCUUUUGCAUCCGUCUUUCAUGCAAAUACCCUGUUUUAUCAUGAAUACACAGAAUGACCCAUGUAAACCAAUGGAGAAUAUUCUUCAUUCAAAGCAGCCAGCCAAGGUCUGUGGAGAUAAGAAGGCUCAGCACUGCAGCAAUAAGUGCUUUCAGGAAAUGACACCAACAAAUAUAAACCUGGACAUAAACCUGCUCAUUGAUAAUCAGACGGGCAAAGCGCCUCGACACGGAUCUCCAUUUCAGCAUUCAGCGUCAACUACAGGUAAGGUUCUUGUUCAAAAUGAUGAUCGUGUUAUCAUUUGUAUAGUCAGAUUAAAAAAUGAAAUUGAGCCCUUGAAAGGGAGCGGCCACAAAACCUCAACUUAGUCUGCCUUCUUUUAUAUAGUACAUGUAUCAUGUGACAUAUGAGGAUGGAGUACUUUUCAUCAAUGGAUUGUUAUAUCUUCAUUUCUGUUUUGUUAUAUCACCAAUUGAGAAAUGAGAAUCUCAACAGUAUGGUUUAGCCUCUUUUUUAAGUGUUGCUGUUAUGGUAUUUAUACCACCUGCUUAGUACUAAACAAGCUGUUGAAGAAAGAGGGGGUAGACCUGCUUUAUUGAGCAAACCAGGUUCAAAGAGGAGUGAAUAUUAGACUUCUGUUAGACAGAAAGACAGAAAAACAACUAUACGAUGAUAAUAUGUCAGGGCGUUGUGGUGGAGCUGGUAUUGAUGUUUCUCUCACAUGAUUUCUGCAGCUUUAAAACACCUAUUGAACCAAAACCUUCAUUUUAUUUAGCCACAUAAAUGAUAUUGAAAACCUCACAACCAUUAAAAUGUGUUCUUUUUGUCCUUAAAACGGUACCUUCUGUAUUUCUUUCAUUGUUUUGCCAGCAUUAUUUCCACUAACAUCCCCUGAAGCUCCACCAGAAGUAUUGAGCUUCAUUGUAAUUGCUGAUUGCUGCUGUAGAGAUUCACAAAAAUGUUCCAUCAUUGAUUUAGUUUCAUUUAUUUGCACCUCUGACCCUGAACAAAUGAUUCCCUAUAUUGUCAGCAAACACUUGUUGGUCUGUUACUUUAUUAAAAAAUAACCCUCCUAAUUAAAUGAACAACACUGAAACAAAAAGGCCUGAGGAUUUAUACCUAGUUUGGAGUGAUUUUACUCAUUGGCAGUCAUUGACUCAAGGGCGACAUGAUAACUGAGCGCUCUGCUCUCGGUCUCACCUACCUGUUUCAAAGUUUUGUGUUUAAGAUUUCUGCUUUGUGCUUAUUUUAUUUCUUAAACAGGACUUAUUCUGGUCUGCCUUUUGGCUGACUUGAGUCGGAGAAGGCCUCCAUUUCUACCUACUGUAUCACCAGAUUCAGCUGAGCAGCACACUCUGAAGAUCUCCAUGUUAAUCUGAACAGCUGAACACAUAAAUAGCCGCUGUGUUGCCUCUUAUGGCUGAGAGCAGCACAGAGACAGCAACUGUCCCCGUCCUCACCAAUGUCACGCACAAUCCGAGUGGAAACGGCACCACGCCCCCUGGCGUCCAGGUAGCCAACGUGAUCAGCUGGUUGACAUUCAGCAUCGGUCUGCCUGCCAUCGGCCUGGCUAUUUACACCCUCAAAAAUCUGUCCAAAGGUGAAAACAAAAUUCCCAUACAUGUCAUGUUCCUCCUGGUCUCUGACAUUAUUAGUUUCUUUGGUCGUCCCAAAGUGAACCCUGACAUGGAAAGUGGAACUGUCUUCUCUUCAAAUCCCACUGACUUCAUCUUCUAUUUUGGUGUAGUCACCAACAUCACUCUCAUGGUGUUCAUAGCUCAGGAGCGCCAUCUCGUGGUGGCCUACCCACAGUGUCAGGACUGCUGCAUCAGCGUCAGGCGGUCUCCUGCAGUCGCCUUGUUGGCGUGGGCUGCUCCGUUUGGGAUCCUAGCCCUGGCGGUGCUGCACUACAACCUCUGGUUUGCUGUUUCUCUUCUUGCUCCUUUCCCCCUUCUCCUCUUCUUCACUGUGGACUCCUGGAGGGCCCUGAUCUGCUCCAGAACUAACCCUACAACCCCAGAGAGGAGGAGGGCGGUGUUUGGGAUCGGUGCAAUCUGGGCUAACUACACCUUCCUCUACACCCCCUUCAUCCUCAGCAUCCUCUUAGAUGCUCUGUCCUUUGAGGAGAUUGUUUCCUACCUGGGCCUGGUGUCUCACCUGUUGCUCUACCUCAGCCCUCUGGUGGACCCUUUUCUUUAUAUUUUCAUGACCAGAGGGCUCAAAGAGGUGCUACAGGCGCUGCCCUGCUGUCACAGUUCAAGUCGCAAAGAGAACAUGAGACCCACUGUGGACACUGUGGCUGGGACUAUGGAGACAAGACUUUGAGGAGGACACGGAAAAUUAUCCAAACACAUUUAUCGGUUCAGUUUGGGAAAAGUUCAUGCUCCUGUUUGGUUGCAGGAGCAGAUAACAAAAACCACCAUUUAGUUAGAAACAGACUGGCUCAGUGGCAAUGAGCACAUCAGUUGUAUCUAUGAAGUGUCAAGUCAAGUAAGCCUUUCAUGAACAUGAUUGGAUGUUGCUGGUUAGCAGAUAUGCUGAUAACAACAUGACAGUCCUUCGAGGUCCUCACAGUCUUGUUGGUCACUGUAAACCACAUUCAUUUGCAGCAACUUUCCAAUAAAAGGAUUUUUUAUUUUAAGAAUAAUGUAGUCUAAGUUUUGCAAGUUCAUAAAAAAAAAUCCUGUUACAUAAUAUGAUUCAAUACUUAGCAUUUUGUGACAGCUGGAAAGGAAGGGUUACAACAGGGCAAUCCUUCAAGACACAUACUGGAGGCAAGACGUCAAAACUGCAGCUGCUUAGACGGACCAACCACAAAUCACGAAGACAUAAAACACAUUCAGCAUCUGUAACGGCAUUUAUUGGGGGAAAAAAAUAUCUAUUCGAGUGAUUAUCUUCAUGACAUGUAUUUUGUCCUAUACUGUCCUAAACUUUUACAAUAUCGUUAGCCUCAUAGCAUAAUUGUCUAAGUCAUAUUUUAAGGUUUUCAGAAAAGAAGGAAAAACACAUUCCAAGUUAUGUGACUGGAGUCCACACCUCGGCAGUUCAUAAUUCCUAUGAUUGACUGAAAAGACAUUUACUGUAUAGAAAGUUGAAUAAAAAUGAUCUAGCUUACCAGAUGAAUCGAAGAGGAGAGCUAAUGCUUCACUUGUGGUCAGCUGAGCCCUGUUUUUCAAGGGGGCCGC